AUGUUAGACAUCGAAUCAGACUAUAGUGAUAGCCCAAGAGCUUUUGAGGAAGAAUCGGCGUCGGAGAGCUCAACGGCAGGGCUUGAGAGUCCCGAUUUCGUAGAGGUGGGGGAUGCAGAGGUGUCUACCGAAUAUGGGAGCACUUCAAGUGUAAAGGUGGUUGAGGUGAAUGGCACCCAACCAUCGACAUCCGGUCACCGAGCCGAGGUGACUGAGACUAGUGUGUUGGUGGCCCAUCCUGGAGAAGGGGUGCUGACCGUGGUUACCGGACGUCAAAGGGUGCCGAUGGCGAAGCCAAAGGGCCUCGCCUUCGAGGUGGAUUUCUUAGAGCCGAAUGCCUUGAACGAGACGGAGCUAGCAAAGAUUAGGGCGGAAUUCCAUAUUUCGGAGUCGGUAGUGAUGCGGAUCCCAGGGCCGUUAGAGUCCUUGAGCAAUCCGUACAGUGAGGUAGUCUUCUUUACCAAUGCCUUCAAGCAUGGGCUUCGGCUACCGUUAAGGCAUUCGGUGCAGAAGAUCCUUGCUCAGAUCGGCUACGCCCCCGGGCAGUUUAAUAUGAAUUUUUGGAUUACAUUUCUGGGGAUGAUCACGGCGUUCAGCAUGGCUGGUGAGGGAGAGCCGAGCUAUGAGCAAUUCGCCCACCUCUACAGCGUGACAAGGGCGAAGAGUGCCGAUCAGGGGGGAUGGGUGCAGUCGAAUUGUCUUUCGGCAGGGCAGAGGGGGCACUUCGUGGUUGGGGUGCCGAGCUCCCAGAAAACAUGGCGUCGGCGUCGUGUGCUGGUGUUCGGAGCCUGGGAAUCGGCACUAGGUGUGAUUGUAGAGAGGCACAUUCCCACAACCUUUCAAACAGUCGUGUCCUUGAAAAGACCGAUCGCAACAAAGAAGGAGGUUGAAAUAAUCGAGCGAAUACGGUCAAAAAUUGCCGAAGAAGAACGUGUCUUCAGGAUUCUACUUGACUUUGGCAAUUUCUUCAAGGUGGGCUUGAUCAGUGAGGCCGAGCACGCCAGGAGGCAGAAGGAGAAAGAAGAAGAGCAAAGGAGGAAAAGUAACUACAAGGAAGUGGCUAGAGUCGCGGGCCCCCCCCAGAAGAAGAAGAAGGACGACUCACAAAGGCCAAGGACGAAACCGCCUCGUCAGGCCGAGGGGGCUUCUGUGCCAGAGGUGACGACGACCGAUUGUCGUCUUGAAAAACGGGUGGUCAAGGCCAAAACCGUCCAUGAGGCCUACCUUCAGGCGACGGGGAAAAGGGUGAUUGAAGGUGCCCUCGACGUGACCCCUCUUCCGAAGAGGCCAAUGGGGCCGAAUGAGGAUGCGACCGUCCUCGUGCCUGACGAGGAGGAGGAUGCGGACGCCGAGCCGGUGAACGUGGCCUGGCCCCAGAAGGUGGUCCCGUUCGUGAAUUGCUUCAUCGACGGCGCUCAAAUGGAGCUCCCGAAGCUGGAGCAGCUGCCGAUGAAGACGGUGCGCGAGCUGGCUGGUCAAGCUUUCCGCUUUCAGGCUACUGCUAAUAUGGAGAUGUGGCUCUCCAUGAAACGAGCCGUUAAUGCUGCCAAGCGCGUCCAGAAAAAAUACGAUGAUAGCCGAGCCAAGAUUGCCAAGGCGGGGAAGCGAAUCCAAGACGCAGAUUGGCAUGCUGAGGAAAAGGCUGCGAAGAUUGCAGAGAUGUCAUCAAAGCUGGCCAAGGCCGAGAGGGCGGCAGUGGAUGCCGAAGAGGUGAGGGCAGCAGCGGAUGAGGCAAAGAGAAAAGCCGUAGCCGAAAAUCGAAGCAUGGAGGAGUUCACAGUGUUGCUGGAUAAGGAGGUGAUGAAGCAAUGCGAGGAUCUUAUAUACCGAUUCAAGCGCUUCAACGCCGACAAAAAGCUGAACCUCAACUUCCUUUGCGAUCCUCCACCGUUGCCCGAAAAGGUGACCGAAGAAAUGGUGGAGGUGUACCUGAGGGAGGAUGCGGAAGUCGAUUCUUCAAGUGGUUCGGAGUCGAGCGGUGAAGAGGAAGAAGGCACUUCCUCUGCCGAGCCGCCGACCGUUCCUGAAACCGAGGCGUCAGCCCCUUCGACCGAAGCUGUUGACACUAGAGGUGUCAAACGGGACGGGCCGGCCCAGCACGGCACGAGCCCAGCCCAUUUAAAUGAGGCACGGCACGGCACGAGCACGAAUAUUAAUGGGCCGUGCUCAGCACAGCACGAAAGCUUGGACCGGGCCGGGAUUUAA